UCCGCUGCUUUACUCCGCUCUGCAGCCAGCCUCCUCUCUCGUCCUUCCCUCCCACACGCGCACCUUGCGAGCGCCGCCGCCGCCGCCGCCGCCACCAAAGCAAAGCAGCAGCCAGAGCAGCAAGCCAAGCGGCAAAGAGUUUUGCCGAGGCUGCCCGCCCCGUGCCGAACCGCGCGCCGCCUUCCUCGCCAAGCGCUCGAGCGUCUCUGUGCACCCGGGGAGCGAGCGGGAGGCAUGGCUGGCUGCGGGCUCUCCGAAGAUGCCGCCUUCUCCCUCUCCACCACCGCCGCGACUGCCACCUCUGCCUCCUCGUCCUGCUCCUCCUUCUGCAACCUCACCGCCUCCUGGGAAGCCCCCUUCAGCCACCAGGCUCUUUCCAGUACUGAUCUACCUAUGAAGGAAUGCAGCAUUCUUUUCAACAAUGCACAGUGUGCUGCACUAGUUGGUGAAGAUCAGCCUCUUUGCCCAGAUCUUCCAGAACUUGACCUCUCUGAAUUAGAUGUGAAUGACUUGGAUGCAGAAAGCUUUCUGGGAGGACUCAAGUGGUAUAGUGACCAAUCAGAAAUUAUUUCCAAUCAGUACACAAACGAAUCGUCAAAUAUAUUUGAGAAGAUAGACGAAGAGAAUGAGGCCAACUUGCUAGCAGUCCUCACAGAGACAUUGGAUAGUAUCCCUGUGGAUGAAGAUGGAUUGCCUUCAUUUGAUGCACUGACAGAUGGAGAUGUGACCAAUGAAAAUGAUGCCAGUUCUUCACCAAUGCCUGAUGGCACCCCUCCGCCUCAGGAGGCAGAAGAGCCAUCUCUACUUAAGAAGCUCUUGUUGGCUCCAGCUAACAUCCAGCUAAAUUACAAUGAAUGCAGUGGCCUCAGCACACACAACCAUGCAAACACCAAUCACAGGAUCAGAACAAGCCCUGUGGUGGUUAAGACUGAGAAUUCAUGGAGCAAUAAAGCGAAGAGCAUUUGUCAGCCACAAAAGCCACAAAGACGUCCCUGCUCAGAGCUUCUCAAGUAUCUGACUACAAGCGAUGACCCUCCUCAGACCAAACCAACAGAGAACAGGAACAGCAACAGAGACAAAUGCACCUCUAAAAAGAAGGCGCUUUUGCAUUCUCAGACGCAUCAUUUGCACGCCAAACCAUUGAGUUUAUCGCUUCCUUUGACGCCCGAGUCACCAAAUGAUCCCAAGGGUUCCCCAUUUGAGAACAAGACAAUUGAACAAACUUUAAGUGUGGAACUCUCUGGAACUGCAGGCCUAACUCCACCUACAACCCCUCCUCACAAAGCCAACCAAGACAACCCUUUUAGGACUUCACCAAAGCUGAAGUCAUCAUGCAAGACCGUUGUGCCACCUUCCAAAAAACCCCGCUGUAGUGAGUCUUCCAGCUCUCAAGGACAUAACUCAGUUCGGAAGGGUCCAGAACAGUCAGAGCUGUAUGCACAGCUUAGCAAGACAGCUGUACUAUCUAUUGGUCAUGAAGAGAGGAAGACAAAGCGGCCUGGUUUGCGGCUGUUUGGUGACCAUGACUACUGUCAAUCUGUUAAUUCAAAAACAGAAAUGCACAUUAAACUAUCCCAGGAACUUCAGGAUUCCAAUCAAGUAGAAUUAAAUGGCUGCUUGCCUGGGCGGCGGUGUCAUAUUUGUUCUUUCGAACAACACAACCAAUACAACAAGAGAGAGACUUCACAGGCGAGCAAGCAGGAUUCACAACACAACAAUCGGAAACAGCUCCAAGACCAAGAAAUUCGCGCUGAGCUCAAUAAGCACUUUGGUCACCCUAGCCAAGCUGUUUUCGAGGAAACGACCACUAAAAUCAGUGAACUAAAGGACAGUGAUCAUAGUGAUGAACAGCUCUCCAAACUACCUAUGUUUAUAAAUUCAGGACUAGCUAUGGAUGGUCUUUUCGAUGACAGUGAAGAUGAAAGUGACAAAUUAUGCUGCUCGUGGGAUGGGACGCAAGUCUACUCGUUGUUUGACCUGUCACCUUCUUGUUCUUCCCUUAACUCUCCAUGCAGAGAUUCAGUGUCUCCACCCAAAUCCUUGCUUUCUCAAAGAUUCCAAAGGAUACGCUCUCUAUCAAGAUCCUUUCCUCAGCGCAGGUCUUGUUCCCGUUCUCCAUAUUCCCGAUCGAGAUCAAGGUCACCAUGCAGUCGAUCCUCUUCAAGAUCUUCUUACUAUUAUGAGUCUACUCUUUGUAGACCCUGGGCAUAUAGAAGUUCUCCCUUGUAUUCAAAAUCACGAUCCAGAUCACCAUAUAGCCGUAGACCCAGAUAUGACAGCUAUGAGGAAUAUCAGCAUGAAAGGCUGAAGAGGGAAGAAUACCGCAAAGAAUAUGAAAAACGGGAAUCCGAAAGGGCCAAACAAAGGGAGAGACAGAGGCAGAAAGCAAUUGAAGAACAGCGUGUGAUUUAUGUUGGUAAAAUUGGGCCUGACACGACCCGAACAGAACUGAGGGACCGGUUUGAAGUUUUUGGCGAAAUUGAGGAGUGCACAGUAAAUCUGCAGGAUGAUGGAGAUAGCUAUGGUUUCAUCACCUACCGUUACACUUGUGAUGCUUUUGCUGCUCUAGAAAAUGGAUACACUUUGCGCCGGUCCAAUGAGCCUGAUUUUGAGCUGUAUUUUUGUGGACACAAGCAAUUUUGCAAGUCUAACUAUGCAGACCUAGAUUCAAACUCAGACGAUUUUGAUCCUGCUUCUACUAAGAGCAAGUAUGACUCCAUGGAUUUUGACAGUUUACUUAAAGAGGCGCAACGAAGCUUGCGGAGGUAACGUGCAACAUGGCCAAGGAUAAUGGAAGGGUGGUGAAUACCUCACGGACGUCACACGUCCUUCAAUGAUGGACAAUGAAGAUGUCAUGCUUACAAAUUUCACCUACUCUACACUCUCUGUACAAAAACAUGGUUUACAUGGACACAGCUGCUUGAGGAAUGAAGAAGUAAAACAGAUAUCAUAUGAGCACAUGUAUAUCCCUGUGCCUCAACUAUGCUUUCCCAGGGUAAUGAGGGUGAGGGUUUUGAUCUUCUUGGAGAGUGCCAAGUGGAAACCACUUGAAAUGGCAGCAGUUCCAUAGAGAUAUACUUAAAAAAACACUGAGAACUUCAAAAUGUGUACAUAUGACAUGACAUUUUCGAAAUGAAGCAAAUUCAAACUUCAGCUGCUGACGUCUGAGAGACACUGUGUUUCGUUUUUUAAAAAAAUAAGCUUCUCACAACAUGUUGUUUUAAUACGACGACAAUCCUGAAGAAAACUACAGAUCCUGCAAAACUCACCAUCUCUUUAUCGUGCAUUUUUCUUGUGAAGGCGAAAAGAAAUUGUGGGAGGAUUAAAAACUUCCAUGGCAUUUUAAAGUUUUGUCUUUUUAAUUGUGACAUCCAUGUCAGUGUCCAAAAUGUGUAUCUAUCUUACACAAAAAUAUUUUAAGUCCCUCAUUAACAGUCAAUGUGUUCGGUAGUUUUUCCUCAGAUGAGCCAACAUGGUGUUAGCUACAAACAAGUUGAGGGUAACUAUUGGGUGAAGUGGGGUGGGGUGGGAUGUACAGUUAGACUAUUUACUACAUUCAAGAAUGUAGUUAAGUAUUUACAGAUGUUAAAUGGAGUAUCUUUAUUUUGUGUACAUACUGUACGAGAUGAUCUUUUUUUGUUACAGCUAUGCACUGUAAAUGCAGCGUUCUUUUAAAAAAACUGCUGAAAUUUUUCUUAAUCAAGAAUAUUCAAAUGUAAUUAUGAGGCAAAACAAUAUUGUACACUAACAUAUUUAGAAAGCUGAACUUAUGCUUAUAUAUAUUUGAUUGUAAAAAAGAAAAAGUGUGGGAGUGUGUGUGUGGGCGUGUGUGUGUGGGUGUGUUGAGUGCAAAAUUAUUGAUGCUUUACGCACAUCAUCCAUCCCUUCUUUAAUAAUUGUAUCUAAUAACCGUGACCAUAAUUCAGCCAAAGUUAAGAACUCUAAUGCCUCACUUGUUCAUUAGCAAGACUGAUGUAGUUGCUGCUGUGCCACUUCUGGGAAUGUCUGCAUCUUCCACUAAAAUGGGUUGGAUGGGAUGGGGUGGUUAUAUAUCAGGCUAUUAAUGCUUUCCCCAUUAAAAAGCAUGGCACUAGUGCAUACUUUUACCAUACAUUCAAGUUGCAUUUGCUAUUAAAGGACUGACCUGAAGAAGUUUCUAGACUUGCUGCUGAAAAGCUUACAAGGUUCUUGAAAUCUAUCAAGCGCACAAGGUCUCCUUUUCAGUUACAAUCAACAUUCACUUAAGCUGCUGAUGCCAGUUUUCUAUGGCUUCCAGAAAUAGGAAUGUGUGGCUAGAGGUGGUGAAAUUAUUUGAUAAUAGUGGGACACUUCCUAGAAAACCACUGAAUUUAGGAGUUACUGUCUGACAUCCAGAUUAAUGCCGUACUAGUUGGAUGUCCGGGAGGUGAUUUUUGCUAAGCUCCUUUUCUCUCUGAGCCUCCCAAAAAUAUGUCCCUGAGGUCAUGUAACCAACAGGGACAUAUUUUCAAGAGGCACAGUGGGCUUCAGAGGGAGAUCGACAAAAACUGCCUCUCCCUCAUAGUGCCAGAACCAGUUGUCUGGGUGUUAGCUAGCUGCUAUUUAUGAGAUAAAUUAGAAUUUUUAGGAAAGAUAAUUCUGCCAUUUUGCUGGCAACUGGUAUGAUAUAUAAAUACAGGAUCCACUCUAAUUUUUUUUUCUUUUCUGGCUGUUCUACAAACGAGUAUACUGUACCUAGGUUCAAAGGGAACAAUAGCAUGCUGGCUAGCCACACAUCCCAGCAUUGACACACUGUAGACACAGCCAUACUCCUUCCUACAUUCCACAGAGGCAGACACUGAUUAAAGGGAGAGUUUCUCCCUGUGAUACGGAAUGUUGGGCAGUCAGCAUUUCUUCCUCUGUAACCAGAGCUUGCCUCUGCUGAACCUAAGGAGAGCAGGAGGCAUGGCUAUGGAGUGUGUCAGCACUGAGAAGUGUAGCUAACCAGUGUGCUCCUAUUCCUCCUGUAACCUGGUAUAGUUUACCCAGUUGCUGAACACCUGAAGAGGACCCAUGUGGCCAGAGGAUAUAGAUGUUACAGAGUGGUAUGAGAGCAGUUAGCAGCAGCCUUGCCUAUUGAUUUCAAUGGACGUGUUAAGCACACAUACUUAAAUAUCUCCACUGAAUUCCAUAAAAAGUUUUUAACUUUGGCUGGAUCAUGCCCUUUGUCAUGAACUAGCCUAGCCAAUCAGGCAUUAACCACCUUUGCAAUAUUUCCCGCCACAUUUUUCUCCCCCUCCGCUCUCUUUAGCUGUUUUAUAUACACAAAAGUUAUUGGGGGUGGGGGGUUGAAAUUUUUCUCAUUUAAAAGUUUUUUCAAGGAGAUAUAAUUUUAUGUAAAGCCUCUCAAAUGGGUAAUCAUUAAUAAAUGUUUUUAUUUUAUGUAUUUAAUGGUAGUUUUGAAAUUAGAAGUCACAAACCUUUUUGAAAAUGAAGUUUUGUUUUAAUUGUUGUGACUUAAUUUGAUAAAAAAAAUUUGCUGUGGUACAGAACACAGUUAUGAUUUUUACAAUAAUUCUGUGUCUCUGAACACAGUUUUUGAAGCCAGUAAUCUUUUCAUUGGCAAAGUUCAAUGAUUAUCUAUGAUUUUUAAAUGUAUGCAUUCUGUAUAAUGCUAAUACUUCAUUCCUUUGUUUACUUAAAGAUUCAUAUUUAUCAGUUGUGAUUAACCUAUUUAUUAUAAAUUAUGAGAUGACUAAAAUAAUAAAAGGGCCAGUGGAAAUUUUGUAUGUAGGAUGCACACCAGUUGUCAGGUCGUUGAAAGUGUUUUCAUUCAGUGAAAUCUUCCCUUUCCCCUGUAGAAGCAGUGAUUCUUUCCUCUCUCCUUUUUAUUAUUAUUUUACUAUGCACUAAUAUGGCCUUAGAGGUGCCCAUGAUGUUUUGGGAGCCUGCAGAUCGUAUCAGAAAUAGUGGAAUCCAUUUGCAUGUUUAUGGGCUGGUACAAUACAAGCCACUAAAGUGAACUAACUUGUGCAGUCCUCAUGGGACUGAUGUCUUGUCCAUUUAAAUAAGUCAUUCCUGUUGAUUACCCUGCUGAAUAUCAAUUCAAGCAUCCGUUGCAAGGUUAUUACUCCUUUCAGAUUCCCCCUUUAGGGCAUUGACUGCUUGUUUACAAAAAUCACAAGAAUUAUCCAGGAGUACUUACGGCUUUAAGAAUGUAUGCAAAACCGCUUAGCCUGCCAAAAUAAAAUUCCUUUUCAGUGAAAGUGGACAUGAUUCAGUUCUCUGGCCUACAGUAUCCAUGCAAAGGGGAUCCUACUAGGACUACUAGAACCUUCUCUCCUCCCUCAAACUUCACUAUGCUCAUCUCCCUAUCCAGCCCUCUCUCCUGCCUCAAUACAAAUUACCCAUGCUUUAGAGCAGGAAGGCUGCACAAACUUGGCCUUCCUGCAGAUGCUGGACUACAACUUCUAUCAUCCUUUCUCCUUGACCACUGUUGCUGAAGAUGAUAGGAAUUGUAGUCCAACAGUAAUUUGAGGGCCAAAGUUUUGCAGCCCUGGUUUAAACCAUGAGUAACAGCAUCAAGUGAAGUUUGGAUGGAGAUAUGGAAAGUGUCCACCCUAAUGUCCCUGUGCGCAAACAAAUGUGUGUAUAUAAAGGGAAGAGGAACCCUUUGAGCUUUAUUGGACUUCUCUGCCCAUGGCCACUGUACCCAUGAUGGACUGGAUCAUGCCCAGUCCACGGCAUGGUAGUGGUAACUUGCCAACCUGAGCAAUCCAGUGAAUGGAUAGUACAUGGAAUAUACUGUAGUAGGUGAAUACACUGAACAAUGGGUCUCUUGGGGACAGUUUUUAUAAGCUGUUUGUACUCGCAUAUGAAAAGGCAAAGGAACCCAGACUGGGGUCCUGCUCAUAUGUAUAUUAAAGUAAGAUACAUAUUACUUUAGUUGGAACCCAACCCAUAUAUUUUAAAUAUCCUUAGAUAGUCAUACUCAAGUACAAAACACCUUGUAGUAACUGGUCCUUUAUAAAGUAAUGAAAGUGGGAGUGGUUUCCGGAUUUUUAAAAUCACUUUUACAUGCACACAGCCCACAUUGUGACCUGAUACAUGCAGUAUACAUGUGAACUGGAACCAUGUCAGGGUAGCAUCAUUUGGGUCCUUCCCACCCAAGCAUCACCAAAGUAGAGGGAGAUCAUAUAAAAAAUAUUGCAAUCAGAUUGAAAGUCCAUCUAGUUAGUUCACCAUGCAGGUGGCAAGCAAGACACAUAAGGGGCUCAGCCCAUGUGGUUCCAGUGGCUUCCACACUAUGUGAAGUGGGUCUGAGUAUGCAUUCAUUUUAAACUGGAAUGGAGUGCACUUAUCACUAUUUGGCAUUCACUGAUAAUGAAUGUCCAAUAGUGAUAAGUGAACUCCAUUCCAGUUUCUUUUUUACUACUUUUGAAGAAAAUAUGAUAUACUUCCUCCACUAAAAAUGUAGGAAAACUGAGUUUGUCCCUUGAUUAAGUCUGUGUCUGACAGCCACCCUCAUUUUAUCACCAGCAUAUUGUGUUCCAGUCUAUUCCACCAUGUGUCCUGUUCUAUGCUUGCCUUUUUUCCCCUUUCCUUUUUGGUCUUUGUAUUCCUAAGUAGGUAGAUAGCAAUAAAUAAAUAAAAAGGAUACUUUUUUCACAGGUUUCGUGUUGCAAAUUGUAGCACCCCUUUAAUCUGCAUAAUUCUUGCCUUUCAUUGCUUUGUAGGUUUAAGAUACAGGUACUUUAACUUUUGAUUGUGUGAAUGCCAAACUAAAAGUUUACAGCUUUUUCUUUCUGGACUUUGAGUGUCUUCUGUUGUAAAGAAAAAAGAUUAAAGCAAUAAAUUAUUUUUUAAGAAAUCAA